GCUCACUUCGCCACUCAGUCUCUCUCUCUCCUCUCUCUCUCUCUCUCAAUGCGAGGUAAGUAUGGUACUGUAGUCCUCUGUGGCUCUGUAAAUACCAAAAGCUCCUAACCUAACUUAAAAAAUCGAAAAAAAUUUUAAAAAAAAUUGAGAAAUCAAAAUGGCGUCUGCUAAGGGCAAGGAGAAGGUGACGGAUGGAGGUAAGGGGAAAAGGAAAUGGAGCGGUGCAGGUGGAGGAGACAACGACAAGACGGGACAGAAGCGAAAGAAUCGCGGUGUGGUCCAGUUCUUCGACGAUCGGGCGUACGAGGUCGGCGAGGACGAUGACGAGGACUCUAGCGACGAUUCCAUGCUUGAUUAUGAUUACGAGGAAGAAGAAUUUGCCAUUGAAGGCGAAGUCAAGAAUGAACCUGGCAAACCUCCUCAAUAUCCUUGUUUUCCCAAGGAGGAGGAGAUGAGCGAGGAAGAGCUUGAAAGAAUGCUGGAGGAGCGAUAUAAGACAGGAUCUACUUUUGUUACAUAUGCAGAAGAUGGCUAUGAACAUAAAAGAUCAACAGAUAGGGACAUAUAUCUGCCAUCUGCCAAGGACCCGACAAUCUGGAAAGUCAAAUGCAUGGUUGGUCGUGAGAGGCAUUCAGCUUUCUGCCUGAUGCAAAAAUUUGCGGACUUGAAUUAUUUGGGUACUAAGCUUCAGAUAAUAUCCGCAAUUGCAGUUGACCAUGUGAAGGGUUUUAUUUAUAUUGAAGCUGACAAGCAGUAUGAUAUUAAUGAGGCAUGUAAAGGACUUUGCACUGUUUAUCCAAGCCGAGUUGCCCGAGUUCCGCCCAACGAAAUCCAUCAUUUGCUCUCCGUCAGGAGCAAGCCCAAUGCAAUAUCUGAGGGCAUGUGGGCCCGUGUAAAGAAUGGAAAAUAUAAGGGUGAUCUUGCACAGGUUGUAGCUGUGAAUGAUGCAAGGAAGAAAGUUACUGUAAAGCUGAUUCCAAGGAUAGACUUGCGAGCGAUGGCAGAAAAAUUUGGCGGUGGAGUUCCUGCUAAAAGGACAGCCAUCCCAGCAGCACGACUGAUCAGCUCUAGCGAGCUUGAGGAGUUCCGUCCUCUCAUUCAAUACCGUAGGGAUCGUGACACUAACCAGAUGUUUGAGAUUCUUGACGGGAUGUUGCUGAAGGAUGGUUAUUUAUACAAAAAAGUGUCUAUUGACUCACUGAGUUUGUGGGGUGUAAUGCCCACUGAUGAUGAACUCCUGAAGUUUGAGCCUUCAAAAAAUGAUGAAUCUAAUGAUGGACAGUGGCUUUCCCAACUUUUUGGCGAACAAAAGAAGAAGCAUGUUCAGGCCAUAAAGAAGGACAAAGGGGGUGGUAAAGAAGGUGGUAAAGAAGGUGGCUCUUGUAGCUCUACAAUGGAAAAUAAUUUUGAAAUGCAUGAUCUAGUCUUCUUUGGUCGGAAGGAUUUUGGUGUUGUCAUUGGCACAGAGAAGGAUGACAGUGUAAAGGUCAUUAAAGAAGGCUCAGAAGGACCAUCAGUUGUAACUGUCAAACAGCGUGAGCUAAAGAGUGCGUCUUUUGACAAAAAAUUGUUCACCGUUUUGGAUCAACAUUCAAAAACCAUAUCAAUUAAUGACGUAGUCAGGGUUUUGGAUGGUCCAUUGAAGGAUAAACAAGGAUCUGUUAAAAAAAUCUACAAAGGGAUACUAUUUUUGUGUGAUGAAAGUGAACAGGAGCAUAAUGGCUAUAUCUGUGUUAAAGCACAGUUAUGUGAGAAAAUAAAUAUUUCUGGUGAUGCAUCUAAGGAGAAGGGUAGCGAGGCAGGUGGUCCUUCAGGAUUUGAGGAUUUGCCAUCAUCGCCUAAAUCCCCCCCGUCUCCUAAAAAUUCUUGGCAAGAGAGGGAUAAUAAAGACAACUGUAAUCGUGAAGAUAGCGGAAUGUUCUCUGUUGGUCAGUUAUUAAGAAUCCGACUGGGCCCUUUAAAGGGAUACCUUUGUCGGGUGUUAGCUGUUCGUCGUUCUGAGGUCACAGUAAAGCUGGAUUCUCAGCACAAAAUUCUAACAGUGAAAUGUGAGCAUCUGUCUGAGGUUCGUGGAAGAAAUCCUGUCAUAUCUCAGGGGGAGAGCUUGCAAGACGCUUCUACAGAUUGGAAGGAUGGGACAGCUUUGUCAACAGAUGGUGAAAAUUGGAAUGCAGGAGGAUUAUCUACAGACAGGACUUCUUGGUCUGCUUUCCCAUCAAGCUUACCGCUUCACCAGGAAUCUGAUCCCGUUGGUGCAUCUAAUCCUGUGGAUGAUAAUGCCCAAAAAGGCACUGAAGGUUCUGCUUGGGAGAUUAAAGCAACUCCAAAUCAGAAUUCAUCGUGGGGUGCUGCCACAGCUGAUGAGAAAAUGGUUGCCAACACCGGAUCAGUUGGUAGCUGGGGAGCAAGUAGAGAUGAUACGGGUGGAAGCAAGGAAUCUUGGAAUAAAACUGGAGCUUCAUCAGAGAAUGAGACUGGGGGAUGGGGUAAUGCAGGUGGAAAUUUAGAUAUACCAGAAGCAAGUGCCUGGAAGAAAGAUACAGGAGCAAACACCUGGAAGGAUGCUGCUGGUUCAAAUGAAGGUCAGAAUGAAAACUGGGGCAACAUUAAAAAAGAUGGUGGUGUAGCCGUUUGGGGAAAGGGUGGGUCUAGUUCAGACAAAGCUGUGGAGUCCCAACCUGAAGGCACUAUGGAAAAUCAAGAGCAGUCGUGGGGCAAGGCUAGUUCAGCUGGUCAGACUGAUUCCUGGAGUAAACCAAAGACUGUUGGUGCUGAUGGUGGAACUUCGUGGAAUAAUCAGGAUAGUAAAUCUUGGGCUAAAGAGGACACUUCUUCGCUGAGUAAGCAAGAUGGGGGAUCCUCAUGGAGCAAGCAGGAUGGAGGAUCUAAUGGGAAUAAACAGGAUGAUGGAGAUUCUUGGUACAAAAAGGAUAGUGAAUCUUCUUUGGGCAACGGAGGCGGUGGUGGUGCUUGGAGGAAGCAGGAUGGUGGAUCUUCUUGGAACAAAAAGGAUGGUGAAUCCUCCUGGAGUAAACAAGUUGGACAGUCUAGUUGGGGUCAGAAAACUGAUGGUAAUGUGGAAGAUCAAUCGAAAGGUAGGUCAGAUCAAAAGGACAAUUGGGAGAACUCCAAAGGAGGAUUUGGUGGUUGGAAGAAUGGUGGGAUGGGAAAUAGAAAUGCAGAUCAAGAUGGCAGUUGGGGAAAGGAUAAAUCAUUUGACAAGGGCCAUGGUUCAGGUGGAAGAGGAGGAAGAGGUCAAUAUGGUAGAGGAAGAUCUUUUGAUCAGGGUCAAUCGACUAGUUGGAACAAGGAAGAUCAACACAAUCGAGGUUCAGGUAAUGAUUUUUUUGCAGGGAAUCGUUCCAGUUGGAGCAAUGUUCAAGGAAGCAGUUGGGAUAAAAAUGUGUCUGCUGACGGAAAUAAGAAAGACGGUUGGGAAGAAAAAAAUGUUUCUGGCAAAGACAAAGAAUCAGGAUGGAAGAAAGAAUGGCAUGCCAAUAAAGAGACUGGUGAAAGUGGGGAUAAAUUGGAUAGUGCUAAACCUGAUUGGGACAACAAAUCCAGUGGCUGGGCCUGCUCAAAAGUUUCCAACUAUGUCCAGUCAUCAGGUUGGAAUGUAUCAUCAACUGCAAAUGAAGAUGCUGGUAAUGAUGAAGGUAGUUGGGCGAAAGGAAAAUUACCAGAUGAUAAAAACAAGGCUUCCUGGAACACUGGAAACACCUCGAAUGAGAACCAGGUUUCUGAUUGGGGUAAAAAUAAUAACGGGGUCUCUCAGAAACCUUCUGAUAGCAAUACCUCUGGUUGGAAUAAUACCUCAGGCUCAUCUGCUGGAUGGGGUCAAAGUAAUUGGUCUGGACGUGGAACAGAUGAUACUGGUGGGAACCAGGACAAUGCAUGGAGCAGCAAAAGCAACUGGAAUUCAGGAAAUGGUUUUGGAGGGAAUGAUGGUCAAAAUGAUACAGGUACUGGCAGUAGGGGAAGAAAUGGAAGUUGGAGGGGAGGUAGGGAGGGGAGAGGUGACCGCGGUGGCUUCCGGGGUAGAGGGAGAUCAGAUCGUGGCGGCUAUGGAGGUAGGGGAAUGGGCAGGGGAGGCUUUGGAGGGAGAGAUGGACCUGACAGGGAAGGAGGAUUUCGUGGAAGGGGGGGUGGUUUUAGAGGCAGAGGGCGUAGUGAUUGGAAUAACAGAAAUGAUUCUGGUGAUGACAGGAUGCACGACUGGAAAAAAGGUUCAAACGAUAAUAGUGAAGGAUGGAAAAGUAGCAGCGGUGGAGGCAGUUCAUUUCAGGGAGGAAGUUGGAGUUCUGGUUGGAAUCAAUCAAAAGGGAAUGCAGAUGGUGCAGGUAACACACAAGCUGGUGGAGGAUGGAACAAUUCAGCGGACACUAAAAUUUAUGGUCAAAGCAGUGCUGGAGGCAGUGACUGGAAAACAUCAAAUGCUUCUGCUGGCAAUGUAUCUACUGGGUGGGGCAAACCAUCUGGUCAGAGGGAUACAGCUGGUUGGAAUAAAGAAUCGGCUUCAGGAAACCAUAGCUCGUCUGGGAAAUGGAAAUCUGAUGCUACAGAUGGGGGCUCAUCUAAAGAAUCUAACAAAGUUGAACGACCUGUCAGUAGUUCAUGGGGUGAAUCUGCAGGAAGCUCCUGGGGAGCUGCUGCUGGAGCUAAAAAUUCAUUUGGUGAUCAGGACAAAUCAGAAGCAACUGAUGGCUGGAAAACUAAAGAAUCCAAUAAAGUUGAAGGAUCAUCAGGUUCCAGGGACAAUGAAGAGAAUGAAGGAGGGUGGUCUGCUUUCUAAAGUAUCCCUUUGAGAGGGAGAAAAUUAAUCUGCUAUUGCCUGAUCAUUGAAAAAUGCAUUUGGCUUGUUUUACACCUUGAAAUGUGGGUUUGCAUCUUCUGUAUACUAAUGAUCUUUUAGUGGGUAGAAAUUGGUGUGUACUUUGAACAUGUCAAUUUUUUUGCUGCAGUUCAAUCCUUGUGGUUGGGGUACUACCUAUUAUGGUUAUCCAGGAUAUUCUCAUCAUCAGGCAUAAUUGAACUUGCACAUUUUGCCUCAUUUAAAGAGCCGUCUUUUGUAUGUAUUGUGCAUGUAUAAGACCUUUGUUUACGGAUAAGAACUGUCAUGACAUAAUUUGUUUCAGGUAUAGCAUGCUGCUGAUGUAUAUGGUUAUGCAUGUUUUAAUUUGAUCAUCUACGUACUGCCAUCAUUUGAAGUUCCAGUAUCUGAAGUUUAAGCUAAAACCUAUUGAACACUUGAUGCUAAAUCUGAAAUAGAUUCCUAACCCCAUCAAUUAUAGGGAGUGUCAGUUUUUGGCUUUAAGAGUAAAAUUUAUAUAUUUGAUCGAACCAUUUGUACCGUACUCGAGAUAAUUUGAUUUGUUGGCAAAUUA